AGCUUUUGCUGUUAUUUUUCUUGCUUAAUUGUACUUUUAGAAUGUGUUGCAGGCCAAUAAAAAGGCCAGGCAAAGGUAUUUAAGUUACUGUAUGUUCUUGAUGCUGAUCUUAACCUUAAGUAUUGAUAAGAUCUUAAGUAUUGUACAAUGCUUCAUUCGACAAAAUAUUACAUUAUACUUUAUUUUUGAAAGGAUGGACCGGAUAUGAGGAAGUGGUGACUAUUUUAAUGGCGGAAGUAGACCGAGACCUUUUUUUUUAUUAUUUAAAGGUUUAAAGGACAGCGUUUGUGUACGUAACUGCGAUAGAUAGACUGGUUGAUUAAGUAAUUGCGCAAGUGUUCGGCCAAAUAUGACCGAGAAAUGAACAUUUAUUUUGAAAACUAUCGGAUAUGCUUCAGUUUUGACUAAUUUAAUGGCGAAAGUAUACCUUUUCAUCAGAUUGUGAUAGAGGAAAUAUGUUUCUAAAUGUAACUAAUGUUGUGACAAAUAUAUAAAUCGAUAGAUGGAAAGGUAGAUUUAUUGACUGAGAAAGUAAUUGUACUUUUAUUCAACAAAAUGGCAAUUGGGUUUUGUUUUGAAAGGAAAUGCCGGAUAUACGGAAGUGUUGACUAAGUUAAAGGCGGAAGUAGAGGUGACCGUCAAACAUUCAAGCAGAGUAUCGGUUUUGACAAUGGUCUUAAAACAGUGUCACGUGCGUUUCAAAGUUUUUGCUCUCAAACACAAUGAAAAGCGGUUCACCCUGGCUAAAACUCAAGACGGAGCCAACUUUUUCUCGACGGAACGAAGUUGUACAUACGUCAAUGGCUGGUCGAGUUUCCCGAGUUCUUCAUCCGGCAACCAUCGUAAGAUGCGACAAGCUGGACUCAGAGCGGUGAACCUGUCUGCAAGAGAGCAGACUUCUGUCAGCACCAUCCAGUUCGACGUAAAACCUGAUGUUCCCAAAGUCCGGAAGCUGUUCUUUGAUACGCAUGCGGUGGUUCGACUCCUUGAGGAAAAUGGCUUCACCACUCAGCAGGCUGAGGCGCUGGUUAAGGUGCUCGUGAAGAUGACCAGCUCCAACAUGGACGCCAUCUACAGUGACAUGGUAACCAAAGUACAGCAGGAGAUUAUGUUGCAGCGUGUGAUGUCCCAAAUAGCAGCCUUAAAGAAGGAUAUGAUCAUCCUGGAGAAGAGCGAGUUUUCCACAUUAUUGGCGGAGAAUGAGAAGCUGAAGAUCGAGUUAUGGCAGCUUAAGGUCCAACUUGCUGAUGUAAUGAACAAAAUCCGCUCGGACACUGUUUUGGACAUGAACUUGGAGAAGAGCCGUGUGAAAGAACUGAAAGCAGAUCAUGAGCGGAAGCUUCUGGAAACACGGACUGAAAUUCUAGAAAUGACUGCCGAGCAAGACCGUCACCUGACUCAGACCAACAUGAAAAUAGACACUGAAGUGGCGGGUUUGAAAACCAUGCUGGAGUCGCAUAAACUGGACACUAUAAAAUACCUGGCGGGUUCAGUGUUCACGUGUCUCACCGUAGUUUUAGGUUUCUAUCGUAUUUGGAUGUAACCCGCACUCGAGUGAACUGCAGGUUGACCUUCAACACGUUCACUCACAACAUCUCUUUCAUCACUUACCUCAUUUUGAUGGACUCUCAGGAGGAAACGCACACAAUUCAGACUCCAGCAACUGUCUUCCAUUCAUGUUUGCAGGCCCAGAUGAGCAACGCUGUUCAGUGGAGUUGCAAAUGUAUUUUUACUUUUACUUGUAUGAAUAAAUAUGUCACAUUUACAGUGGGAGAAAUAAGUAAUUGGUCCCUGCUGAUUUUGGAAGUUGACCCCCUUAGAAAGAUGUGAACAGUCCAUAUUUUUGGUAGCGUUCUUUCACAGGAAAAUAGAAUAUCAUGAAAAAAGCAUAAAAAAAAGGUUGUAUUCAUGAAUUUAUAUUUGAUCAGAUGUAGUAUUGGUUCACUCGUCUCAACAGACACUCUCCAGAUCAAGACUGUUUUGAGGCUGUCGCUUGGCAACGUGACGUUUCAGCUUCCUCCAUAGAUUUUCUAUAGGAUUAUGUACAGACACUGGCUAGGCCACUCCAGGAUCUCAAUGUGUUGCUUCUUGAGUCACACUUUUGUUGUCUUUGCUGUAUGUUUUGGACCAUUGUCCGUCUUCCACGACCCAUCUGCAGGGAAAAUUGUUGACUGGUCAGGUCUUUGUGUGGGGUGUAAGCGUGCAGGGGAUCAAAUACUUAUCUCCACCACUGUGCAAGUGUGGUAUAUAUAUGGUGGUCGAGCAACAGACUGAAUUCAUCCGUAUGUAAAUCUGAUCUUAUUUUAACUUUGUUUUAUCUGUCAUUUUAUUGUAUGUGUAAUAAAAACUAUUGUAAUGUA